AGUCCGCUCCGGGAAUCAACCCGCAGCAGCGAGUCGUGUGGUGUUCCAAGAUUCAUUUUUUACUAACCAACUUUUAGCGGGGCGUACCAGCGACGCGGUCGAGCUCGCAGAUCGAGGUGAUAUUUUACUUGUAAUUGUGUAUACGUUUGUGAAGUAUUCUGGCGUCCCACGUCUGAUACGCCGGCUCGUCUCGUCGCGGAGAUCAACAUGAAAGCCCUCAGGCCGUUUCUCCCUUCCCGGAUACUAUUGCUCCACUCGCUGAUCUAUGCGCUGAGCCUCUCCAGUGUUCUGACUCCAGCCGUGUGUCAUGAUGGUGGGAUUCUGGCCACGCUGACCCAAACGAUUCAUCAUCUAUUCGAAAGACCAGUUAUAAAUAUCGGAGUGCAACCACUGAAUUACGGGCAUGGUAUCAAGCUCGGAGUCGAUGCAGUCAUAAAAACCAGGAAACACCCCAAGAAAACCACUCAUCACCACCACCAUCACUACGAUGAGGAAGAAGAGGUGAUUGAGGAACACGUCAUAGAUCACCAUCGAACAGGGGAAGCGAAACAGAGUAGUAGACCUCGGCCGCGUAUUUCGUUCGAAUUGGGCCGACCCCGUUCUGGUGGGGGUCUGACGGUCUCCAGCGCACCAAAGCUAACGAAACGCAAGAAGUUUGUACCGAAAGAUAUGGAUGACGAUAAUGAGGAUGGGAAAUCGUACAGAAAGAAGACAUCAGAUGAGCUGUCGAAAGGUCUCGAGAAGGAUCGGCAUGAGCCGUACAUAAGGGCUUCAUCGAAUCGAGCUUACAAGCCAAGAAACUUGGAGAAGUCUGACGUCGCUGACGAAGAGCCACCUGCCGCGGCAUCUGGACCAAUGGCAGAGUACGAGCGAAGGAGCUUCCAUUCAGCCGGGUCGAUGGGCAAUGACGACGCGUAGAGUCAAGGAUUCUUGAGGAGCAUCGCCCAUACAUGCAUCACGGUUGUUUGUAUAAAUGUAUAUAUUUGUUCCGUAAGCUAAUAAAUCUGAGGUAGCG